UGGCGGCAUAUAGUACUAAAAACAGAAGCUCUAACAUAGAAACAAAAUGCUUAAAUUUGUAGAGAUGACUCUAGUAGUUACUAUGUUAUCAAAACUUCUUCAAGCCUCAUUGGCGCAAAAACAGUCAUUUAUCGUUCAUAUGGCGGAACCGGAAAUGCCCUCCGAAUUCCUCCAUCAAGCUCACUGGUAUGACUCCGCUCUCAAAUCGGUGUCUGAAUCGGCGGAGAUGAUCUAUGUCUACACAACGGCGGCGCACGGAUUUUCCGCCAAGCUCACAGAGCAAGAAGCUCUGUUUCUCGAAACUCUGCCCGGCGUCGUCUCUGUUCAGCCGGAGAGGAAGUACCAGCUCCACACCACCAGAACGCCGUCGUUUCUGGGACUGGUUGAUUACCUUUUACCCGGAUCCGCUGCUGAAAGUGACGUUGUCAUCGGAGUAGUCGACACCGGAGUCUGGCCGGAGAUUAAGAGCUUCGACGACCGAGGACUGGGUCCGAUCCCAAGCCAGUGGAAAGGAACGUGCGAGACGGGAACCAAUUUCACCGCAUCGAAUUGCAACCGGAAACUGAUAGGUGCGAGGUUCUUUUCCAAAGGGUACGAGGCAAGUCAGGGGCCGGUCAACGAGACUCUGGUGAGCAAAUCUCCGCGGGACGAUGAAGGCCAUGGGACCCACACAAUCUCCACCGCCGGAGGAUCGCCUGUUCAGCACGCCGGCCUGUUCGGUUACGCCGCCGGAACUGCUCAGGGCAUGGCCAAGAACGCAAGAGUCGCAGCAUAUAAAGGCUGCUGGAACGACACUUGUUAUAGUUCUGAUGUUUUGGCGGCCAUGGAAAGUGCCAUCGAAGACGGCGUGGAUAUUCUUUCCUUAUCUCUCGGCAGUGGGUCUGUUGACUACUAUGAUGAUGUCAUUGCCAUCGGAGCAUUCGCCGCCGUGGAGAAGGGAAUUGUGGUUGUUUGCUCCGCCGGGAACGAUGGUCCUAGUCUAUACACCGUGUCCAACAUGGCACCGUGGAUCAUCACUGUCGGUGCCGGGACUCUUGACCGUGAUUUCCCGGCUCCGGUAACCCUCGGUAACGGAACUAAACUUCCAGGUGUUUCUCUUUACAAUAACAAAGCUGUUCCAUUUCCCGCCAAAAAGCUUCCACUCGUCUACGCCGGGAACGUGAGCAACGCCACGGAUGGGAAUUUGUGUGUCAGAGGAAGUCUGGAUUCGAGCAACUUGAAGGGAAAAAUUGUACUUUGCGAUCGGGGGGAAAAUGGCAGAGUUGAUAAGGGCUAUGUUGUAAAAGCUGCUGGAGGGGUCGGGAUGGUGUUAGCCAAUGCGGCCGAACAGGGAGAAGAGUUGGUGGCAGAUCCCCAUUUACUUCCGGCAACGCACGUGACAAAAAAGUCUGGGGAGGCCAUCAAGUCAUAUUUGUUCCACAAUCCUAAUCCAACGGCCACAAUUUCCUUCACAGGGACGAAAGUCGGCGUUAAACCAUCACCUAUACUUGCAACUUUCAGUUCUCGCGGCCCUAACACUAUCACGCCAGAGAUAUUGAAACCUGAUGUGAUUGCACCAGGGCUCAGCAUUCUUGCGGGAUGGAGUGGGGCCACCAGCCCAACUGGUUUACCAGAAGACCUCAGACGUGUCGAAUUCAACAUAAUAUCAGGGACAUCCAUGUCGUGUCCGCACGUGAGUGGCAUAGCAGCUUUGCUUAAAGCGGAGCACCCGGAUUGGAGCCCUGCUGCAAUCCGGUCUGCUCUGAUGACCACAUCGUACAUAACCUACAUGUCAGGUACCCCACUUAUAGAUGCCGCGACGCGGAAGGAAGCCACGCCAUACGACUACGGGUCGGGUCAUGUGAACCCCAUGUCCGCAUUAUACCCGGGACUUGUGUACGACAUAGACACAAACGGUUACCUAAACUUCAUAUGCACCUUGAACUACACUUCAUCCCAAAUUUUCGCACUAACGAGAAAAAACGUCAGCUGUGAUGCAAGCAAAAAAUACUGUGUCACGGACCUCAAUUACCCUUCCUUCGCUAUAGUGUUUUCAGAUAAGAAAUCUUCUAUGAAAUACACACGAACGCUAACUAACGUUGGAGAACCCGAUACAUACGAAGUCUAUGUUUCUGCCCCAGAUUCAGUUGAAAUCUUGGUGGAGCCACAAACUCUGAACUUUACUAAGAUGGGUGAGAAGAAAUCAUACACAGUCACAUUCAAUGCUCUCAAGGUGGUUGCAGGCCAAAGUAUGUUUGGGAGAGUUGAGUGGUCUAGUGGGAUACAAGUUGUGGCUAGUCCUGUGGCCAUUACAUGGUCAUAGUGAUCUCAAACAGCUUGCUAGAGAACUGUGUGUAGAGUCUAAACUUAUAAUGAAUUAGAGAUUGUACUAAUAAGUUAAAAUUAGGGAAAACUGUCAAUUUGGUUCUCGUACUAUUAUGAAAAAAUCAAUUAGGUCCUUGUACUUUUAAAAAAACCAAUCAAAUCCCCGAACUUUGUAAAAACAUUCAAUUGAGUCCAUUUACGGGUUACUUGCCAUGUCAGCAGGCCACCCGCUGACAUGGCGCACACCUGGCAGUCCAAUCAACAACACCUUUGCUGACGUGGCACACACGUGGAACUCCAAUCAUCCCUUUGAUGAUGAUGUGGCGCCCACAUGGACCGCCACGUGUGCGCCACGUCAGCGGGUGACCUGCUGACGUGGGAAGUAAUUUGCAAAUGGACUCAAUUGAAUGUUUCUACAAAGUUCGAGGAUUUGAUUGAUUUUUUUAAAAGUACGAGGACCUGAUUGACUUUUUUGUGAUAGUACGAGGAUACAAUUGACAGUUUUCCCUUAAAAUUAUCAUUACGAGGUGCUUUUGUCUCUAAAAGAAACAUAUAUAUACUAUGAAACUUUCACAUGUAAGGAGUGUUGGGGUGUAUCACGUAGGGGUGAUAAUCGAGUACUUGGAUUGCUUAAGGAUCAUGUAAGUUCACUUUCCGAAUUGAUAUUUCUCCCCUAUGCCUCAGUUACAAGAAAUUCAAUCUAGGAUAAUCUUUAAGGACACUCUAGAACUUAGGCACAAGAACUAGAGCCAAACUAGUCGAGUAUAUGGAUUGUUAUCUUUAAUUUGAGUGCCAAAGUGAUGAAGAUAGGUUGGAUAUGUUUCCUCCGACUCCUCUGCACGAAAUAUGGUGAUAAAUAUAUAUCCAUAUUCACUGUCCUAGGCAGUUGCAAUACGUUUAAGAAUAACCG